AUGGCUGAACGGCGCAGCCAACAGAAGGAUAGAGCUGUUCCACAACUCAGUUGUGCUCUGUGCCGAGAUCGCAAGCUCAAGUGUGACAAACUCGACCCUUGCACCAAUUGCACGUCGUCCGGAGUUGUCUGCGUCCCAGUAUAUCGUCCACGACUGCCUCGAGGUCGACACGCUCGUCGCGCGAGGAACAAUGCCUCUCCAACCGCCGCCACAGGUCCGCCGAUCACACCUCGAUGUCGCCACACAUCAACAGGCGAAGACGGAACUAAAGAAUUGUUUGCUCCCGGCAAAGGCAGCGACCGGGGCGACGGUGGCGUCCUUGGUUUUCGAAUUGAUCGACUGGAAAACUUAGUACAACGCGGAAAUUGUUGCAACUCCAACGUUGACUUGGAGAACGAUGGCCUACGAAAGCUUGAUCUUUCUGAUCGCAUUCGAAGGCUCGAGAGUCUGGUUCAAAAAAUCAGCUCAGAGUCGGGCAACCAGGCAGGAGCGAGCCAGCCAUGUCAAGAAGCCCACGAACAUGGCGGGCGCAGGGCUUUGGCAGAGUCAUCCACGUUGCUACGACGCUCAAUUGAGGACUCCGACGAUGCCCAGCUUGCUGCCACAAGUCUCCCGAGCCCAACAUCGUGGAAACCCGAGCUUUCAGUCGGUAGUGACCACGAUGAUGGUUUGUGUGUGCAAGAAGCCAGCGGUCUCUGGGCCAAUUUCAUCCACAGGGAUCGGGGGAUAGAACGUGCCGAGUUGCCGCUAUUCGACGAAGGGACUAACCAAGAGAUCGAAAUGGACGAGAAAAGACAGGACGAGCAUGCCAAAAAGGCCAUGUUUUGCUUGAGCCUGUUGGGACUGAAUAACCCGCGCAUCACCAGCGCAACAAUGUUCGCUCGCGAUAAAGAAGCUAUUGGAAACAUGUGUCGUGUCUAUCUCCAAAACGUGGACCCCAUCAUCAAGGUGCUUCACAGACCAUCUCUCAGUCGAUGGAUGCUGGAAGGAGAUAGGUACCUCGGCUAUCCAGAAGAACAUACUUCUGUCAUGGCAUUGGAAUCUGCCGUAUGUUAUGCAGCCGCCAAUACUUUGACAGACAGUCAAUGCAAGGCUAUGUUUCGCAUGAGCAAAGCUAGCAUAGUGUCGAUGCACCGCAAGUUCUGUGAAAACGCAAUUGAACGGGCCGGCUUAUUAACGACGCGGGAUAGAAUCGUUCUUCAGGCUUUUGUCCUAUAUCUUAUAGGUCGAAGAUCAGAAGAAAAGGGCGCAGCUGUCUGGACCCUGGUGGCACUGGCCGUGAGACUCACAAUGGCCAUGGGUCUAAACCGAGAACCCAACGAAUUGGCCCAAUCCACCGAAAGCUUCUUUCAUCGGCAAAUGAGGCUUCGGUUGUGGCUCACCAUCUGCCUCCUUGAUUUACAAGCCUCCUUUGCACAAUCCACAAAGCCUUUGAUCAGUCAUGUGGAUGCUGAAGCUGCCAUGUCCGAAGUCCGACAUAUAAACGAUGACGACUUUGAGCCUUACACCAUGAACGAAGUGACCGACCGAGAAGAACUCACCGAUACAACCUUUGCUCUUGUAACAUAUCGGGCACAGGUCGCGGGGCGCUUGCUGAAUUUCGCGGGAUCGGAACCAGGUAUUGGUACUACCAGUAGUUGUUCCACUUUCUGCUCAGCUGCUUUCCCUAGCCAGGAACAGAGAAGGCAUUACGUCAGUCAGUUUCAGCAACAAUCUCUGGCUCUUGUUCAUUUUUGCGAUCCAGAAAGCUCUCCCUAUGCUUGGUUCACCUGGCACAGCACACAGUGUCUUGUGUCUGCGAUGCGACUUUCGGAGCUGCUACCCUUCCAGUAUACUUCAAGCAGCCAGAGCUUAACAACGCCGCCGUCGCCGCAGCCGCGGGCUGAUACAGAUUUGCUUAGAAGAACUCUCCAAAACCUCGAAAAAACCCAGCUCAUUUACACGGACCCUCGCGGGGAGGGAUUCCGCUGGUAUAUCACAAUUCCAUGGCUGGCACUUUCCACCGCCAUAACUGAAUGUACUUCAUGUGUCGAUACGGCGCUGGUGCGUAAAGCCUGGCCAGUAAUAGAGGCGUCGUACCUGCAAUAUGAAUCGUUCUUUAUAGAGAACAACAGUGAGACCUCCCGCCCGCCGCUGGCACUCAUGAUGGAUCAGACCCGAGAGAAGCUGUCGCCAAUAUUGCAAGGAACAAACCUUUCUCGCUACAUGACAUGCGGCAAUAGAGCUAGGGAUGCAGCUGCUAAGUCGCUGACCCAAGUUAGGUCCAGAAAAAUCAGCCAAAGCUCCUCUGCAACACCUAUUGACCCAGUGUUAAAUGCAGACGAGGUGUUGAUGAAUGGCUCCACCUUCGGCUCCGAAGCUUCGCAUACCAUGUCAACCCAGUUCUUCUCGCAGAAUAACUGGGAUCCUACCUCAGUCUCUUUGGAAUACACUUCUGGAAUGGACGGGUGCAUGGCGACUCCAAACUUGUACCAUACAAUUUCUUCUUCGGAGGUUUUCGAGCCUUCCUGGCUGAAUGGCGAUGUCAUGGGCGUGUAUUCGAAUAUAGACGAAGAAGAUGAUGCAUCGAUGCCUACUAAUGAAGGGGAAAAUAGAGACGUGCUCUAA